CCUCUAGUUGUUGAUCUUAAGGACCUCUUCCAGCUAAUAUAUAAUAUGAAGAAGGAAGAGGAAGACAAGAAAAAGAGUGAAGAAGCAAGUAAGACUGAGAAUGGUAGUGAAGCACUACCUGCUGAUCAAGCUGACAAACUGAAACUGGAAACUAAAGAGAUUCUGCUAGUGGAUCUAAACUCUGAAAUUGUGACCAAACAGACUCUUUUACAAGAGGAUCUCUUCUUGAAUGGCAUCACAAUCUCUCUUCCACAACCAAAGCCACAGCCACCCUUCUUGCCUGCAAGUUCUUUCUCUACCAAUCUCAGCUUCUUUCCCACACCUAAUCCAGACCCUUUCAGUGAUGAUCCUUUUGCACAGCCAGACCAACCUGCACUGCCUUUAUUUGCGUCUCUAAAAUCUACUGAUCAGAAGGAAAGUCUGAGUACCUUGACACUGGUGGGUAAUGGUGCUUCAAAUAAUGAUAUUGACUACUUUGGUAAACAGUUUGACCAGAUUUCUAAUAGAACUGGCAAACAAGAAGCACUAACAAACCAGUGGCCAUUUGAGAGUAAGUUGCCUGCAGCAAGAACUCCAAAUGGGGUACCAGAGAGAGAACAGAAUGACUUUCUUAAAGCCCUGUCAAACCUGUUUGUGGAAGGUCCUUCCAAAGGAGUAUCUCUGUGGAAUGGAGUAAAGCUGGAUUCUGAAAGCAAUAUCCAGCCCAUGUCACAUGAGUCUAUAACAAUUAGCCCACCACCACAAUGUACCAAGCCAGGAAGAGGAAGGAGGUCUGUCAAGACUGCAUCAAAUGACUUGCUUAGUUCAGACUUGUUUGUGCCAACUACAGAGAGUCUCAGCUUGACCUCAGUGGUACAGACAGGACCUGUGCCAACUAAUCCACUGGACCUCUUCAAAACAAGUCCUACCACAGCACCUCCAUUGGCUGAACCACCAAAGCCUGUUCCCCAACAAACUGUGCUGCCAGCUGAUGGCCUGUUUGAAAGUCAAGCUAAACCAGACCUUUUCAGUGCCUCACCUAAGGAAUCUCAGAAACCACCUUCUGGUGAUCCUUUUGACAAUCCAUUUGCGUAG